AUUCUUAAUACCACCUCCAGUAGGGAGAAGUGCAGAGGUGUCAAACUGUGGGUGAGCGACAUAGGGGCAUAGGGACAAUCUCACAGAUUACCGUGACCAUUACUAGCUGUAUCUUUCUGUUUUACUCUUCAUGGAUUUGAAUUUUGUUCACUUAUUUAUUUUUCAUCGAGAUAUUGGCAUUACAUUCCCGUUUCCGUCAUUAGGUCAGCUUGUCUGUACACUUGAAGAUGAGCACAGAGGGAUAAGGCUGGCUACAUUUUCCAAAAAAGGUUCCCCGUCUGUCUCACGGACAUUGGUCACCAACCUUUCCGUGACCGUUUUUCUGUUUCGAUUGGGCGUCCUAACAUGAUUCUAUCAUGAGUUCCAAGGUAGUGAACUAUAACUCAACCUCAAGAAAGCCAAGCACGAUGGAUAACGUAACCGAUUGCAAUGGUGCUGGCUUGGACCUCAUUCAGAAUCGUAUUGAGUCUCUGAACAUUAAGAUGGACAAACUCAUCAACAUCCAGGAGAAGGUCCUCAACCGGCUGGAUGGAAUGUCCCAGGAAAUUGACAGUAUAGAGAGGGACAUGGAAACACUGAAGGUGGAUAAGGAAGAGAUCCAUAUCCCUGCCAGAGCCCGAACUCUACCACCGGCCCUGGCUCAAACCCAGAGCACGGGCAUGGGGGGCGAGGUGAGAGAGAUGUGUCAGGAGAUGAGCUCCAUCAUGACAGUGCUGGACCAGCGCUCGGAGAAGCAGGCUGAGAAGCUGGACGGGAUGGAAAAGCUGGUCCUCAGCAUCCAUCAGGUCAUCAGAUUCAUUGGGGAGACGAUGAAGAGCCCCCGGGUUAUGGAGAUGAUGUUUAUGGGUCCGGCAGCACACAAGGCCUCCAAGUCAAAAGACAUCAAGAUGGCUAUUAAGAGGCAAUCGUCCGCAGAAAAGAGCAAGAGCUCAGUUACUAAGAAGACUGACAAGCCAAAAGAUCACAAGAAGAAGGAUGGGAAGGAGAAGUCGGGUCUGAGCCCGAAGGGUCUGAAAGCACAGAAAAAGAAGAAGCUCCCAGACACAGCAGUUACGAUCUCCCUUAGGAAGCAGGUGUUGCUACUAGAGGAGGUUCAGAAGCUCAACAGGGAGAAUGCAGAGAGAUCAUCAUCAUCAUCAGGUCACCAGCAGCAGCACCUCACCCCUGAUGGCUUCCUGGACCUGGAGGCUGGGUCUGGAGGGGCCUCAGAGGGUUCCCUCAGCCCAAACCUGCUGGACCUUAUCCUCGAGGGCCCCAAGGCCCCUGUGACUGAAGAGGAUUCAUUGUCUGAGGAGGAGGCUGCAGGUGAUGGACUAAAAGUGGAAGAGAGGAAGGAGGAGGAGGUUGUAAAAAAGGAGAAGGAAGACCACCUUGUUAAUGAAUCUAAGGAAGAGGAGAGAAAGGAGGAGCUGUUGAAAACCACAGAGAAGCCCGAGGAGGAUGGAAGACUAGAGGAAAAAGAGGGGGAGAAGGAGAAAGAGGGGGACACUACACUCUCUAAAGGCCCAUCGGAAGCUGUUGAUAUGUCGGUAAAGGAUAUCCCUUCUCUCCCAACCUCCUCUGAGGCUCCAGGAGACACCAACUCCAUUCCCGAGAGCUGUGAAGACCACAACAAAAGUGCUUCCUCUCUGUCUCUGGAGGCAGCAAAACAGGACCAGUUGGAGGAGGGCAGCACUGGCAGUAAGCGUCGGGUGAUGGAGGAAGACCUGGGAGUAGAGGACCACAAAAAGAGUCGGGUAGAGGAAGGAGAGGAGGAGGAGAGGGAGGGGGAGAGGAAGGAGGAGGAAGAAGCAGAGAGACCAGAGGAUGAGGGAUGGGGCGUCUUCAAGGCAGACGGGGUGGAUAUCCGUGUGGAGCGGAAGAAGAGGCUGGGGAAAGAUCAGGCCACAGAAGUCAAGCAGUCUACUGGGGAAACGUUCUUCAUUGACAAAAGUCCUCCUCCACCAGCUCCAUUCAACCAUCGGAUAGUGUCGGCCAAACCCAACCAGAUCAACAACUUCUACACCAUCAACAGAGUUGAGAUUCUAGGAGGGGGUCGUUUUGGCCAGGUGCACAAAUGCAUGGAAAACUCCUCAGGUCUCACGCUAGCUUCCAAAAUCAUCAAAGCCCGGAGUCAGAAAGAAAAGGAGGUGGUCAAGAAUGAGAUCAUGGUCAUGAACCAGUUGGACCACGCCAACCUGAUCCAGCUCUACGCCGCCUACGAGUCCAGGAAUGAUAUCAUCCUGGUGCUGGAAUAUGUGGAUGGUGGGGAGCUCUUUGACCGGAUCAUCGACGAGAACUACACUCUGAUGGAGCUGGACACGGUCAUGUUCAUCAGGCAGAUCUGUGAGGGCCUUCAGCACAUGCACAAGAUGUACAUCCUCCAUCUGGACCUCAAGCCGGAGAAUAUUCUAUGUGUGAGCCGAGUCACAAAUAAAAUCAAGAUCAUUGACUUUGGACUUGCCAGAAAAUACAUGCCCAGAGAGAAGUUGCGAGUGAAUUUCGGCACCCCAGAGUUCCUGGCCCCAGAAGUUGUCAACUACGACUUUGUGUCAUUCAACACCGAUAUGUGGAGUCUGGGAGUCAUUACAUAUAUGCUUCUCAGCGGUCUGUGUCCUUUCCUGGGCGACAAUAACCCUGAGACUCUGAACAACAUCCUUGCCUGCCAGUGGAACUUUGACGAGGAAGAAUUUACAGACAUCUCAGAGGAAGCCAAAGAUUUCAUCUCUAAACUACUCAUCGUCAAUAAAAGUUGGAGGAUAGGUGCCUCUGAAGCAUUGAGACAUCCUUGGCUCUCUGACCCAGUCCUCCAUCACCGACUUCAUGAAAAGAAGAACAUGUGUCACUGUUCCCGGAGAUCUUCAUGCGUACCCAUUACAGAGAGUUGAGCAUGAUGACUAGACGGCGCCAGCUGUGGCCACCUGGACCAAGCCUGCUGUACACCUGCAUGUUUACCAGCGCUUACCUAUCUAAACACCUGUAGAAGUACACCUGUAGAACUACUGGAGCUUACCUGUCUGUACACCUGUAGAACUACAACCUGCAAAACUACAACCUGUAGAAUUACUGGAGCUUACCUGUCUGUACACCUGUAGAACUACAACCUGUAGAACAACCGUAGCUGUGUGAUGGUUGGACGAUACAUGUUACCUGAACAACUGUUAGCUCACUAGAUAUGCUGUUUUGUUGGUUUUUGUACGUAUAUCCAAGGAUAGGUCAAAAAUUAGACAAAAAUAAGGAAUUGGUUUUAGUGGAAACAUUACCUGACAGUCAUACUGUACUUUUUUGAGUGGGUUGUCAUGUACUGUAAAAGUGCUAUUUCAGUGUGAUGCCAAAGCUUAGAAGACUGGAGGGUGUCGUGAAAGAUAGUAUGCCAGGUACAGUAUGGGAAUUUCAUCUGCAACGCAAGGUUAGUAUGACAUAACACCAAACUCUAACCUCGUAUCUUGUAAAUACUUUGGGGGUUUGAUUUUGUCAGACAAACUAGAUUCCAGAUUUUAAAAAAAUGUUUACUUUUAGCCAAUGUUGUUUCCCUGUCGUACAGCUGUACUGUUCUCUUCCCUCAUGUGUGAAUCCAUUUUGAUUAGCUUUAUUUCCAUCUCAGUUAUCCACAAUGCAUCUCAGCGUUUAUGCUGUGAUGCUGCUCUCCAUUUCAUCUCAUUUUCUGUUCAUGUAAAAGAGUUCCGUGUUGAGCACUGUACCCCACUUUUCUUCGGAACGUGUGUGUAUUUAUCAAACCAAAGGAUUUUUCCGUUUAACUUGACUGAUAGACCGACAAAUGUCAUGUGUUUGCUGUUUGUUUUGUGCUCUCUUGGUAUUGGGUGUAAAUAGAUCAAAUGUGUAGAUGUUUGCUUAAACUUCUAAUGCAGACCUGGGGUACUUAGUGAGUCUGGGAAAGCAUUGUUAUACUGUUUUCAUUUUCUUGAAAUCAUUCGAUCCAUUAUAGAAUUAUAGAAUAUAAAUUGCUGUUGAUAAUCUAUAUUGUAUUUUGGAAAAAGAUGUACUUUCAGUAAAGAAAAUGGAAAUUGUUGCGCAGGAAUACUCUUUUUUUUUUUUCACACAGACAUAACAAAGAAAGGCCUAAGUUCAAGCAAGAAUAUUAAUAGAUUUAAAUCUCAAAUAAUCUGACAACGUUCGGGAUGUUUUAUCUAUGUUCUAGUAUAUUUGUAAAUCUACAGUAUGAAAAGGGUUGAAUGGAUCUUGUCUGGUCAGGUUUUAUAAGCUCUAGGAUGUGCACUUUAAAUUGUUAUUUGUUUAAAUCAGAUGAAUUUAUCAAAACUAAUCCUGGCACUUAAGAGAAAAUACCAUGUUAGAAAUGAUGUUUUUAUGCCUGUAGUCAUACCCUGCAUUAUUUCAUUAUAUUUUGUUAAUGUGUGUGUGUGUAUAUGUAUAUAUAUCCCCAACAGUUUUACUUUAUAUUCAAAUAAUCUUAUUUUAUUAGUAUUUUCUUUGUUUUCUUUGGAUUUUUAUUUUUGUUGCCUUUGUUACUUUUUAUUUAAUGAAAGCAUGCUUUUUGCUUUCAUGUGCUCAGUAAAACCAAUUAUAGUACAUACAUGACACAUUAUACAUCAUUAUUUCAAUGUGUUGGGUUGUGCAAACAUGUUUCCAUAGCUACUAUUGUUAUUUGUUCAAACUUUUUCUCAAUGCUUGUCCACAUGUUAUAAUUUUGUAAUUAAAAAAUAAAACUACUUUAUUACCUUC